AUGAGUAUGCUUGAUCGCGUCUUCACCCCCGAGGAUUUGAAAAACGAAGUCGAAGAGCAUGUGAAGAGGUACCUUCGAUACUGUGAUGUUAGCUUAGACCCCGUUCUCCACGACUACGUGACGGAGCUGGCAGAGUCCAUUCAAACUUCCCAGUCAGCUGAAGAAGCUCGAGCGCUUGUGUUGCUGGAUGAAAUCGAUGAUGCCAAUGUUCGCGCAGACGCGACGUUAGCAUUGCUGCGGUCCGCCCUCCCACCGUACUCCCAAGCUCUGAAGAACUACGCUAACUCCACCAAAUCAUGGAAGACAGAGCGCCUUGAAGAGAUUGAGGAGCACCGGCGCUUGAUGGAGAUCCAAGAUAUGUUGACAAGGUAUGGCAUCACGGAAUUUGACAUUGCGGAUGCAAAAAGCGCGUCGCGAAUCGUUUCUCACAUCCUAAGUCAAGUUUCAAGACCCUCAGCGCUUACAGAUGCAAUGCUUCUGGUUGACGCCUACAGCGAUUUACACUGUGAUCGCGCAGCGGUUCGGUUCACGGAAAAUAUAUUGUCAAAUUCUGACGCUACGCUUGCGACGGAUGACGAUUCGUUCGUUUUGCAAGUUCUAGUGGCACUAGCUGCAGCCUACCUACUUGAGCUGAAAACAAUUAUGGAGUUGGCAGAUUCGACCCGAAGUGAGUCGCUGGCCGCAUACGUUGACAAUCCAACUUACUUGCUGUCCGAUGCUCUUGUGGAAGACUUACAGCGAAUCUGCCGUGUCGAGGCGAACCACGGGGUUCUGCUGUCGUUGUCUUUGUUGCGCGACCCUGCAAAGUGUGAAAUGAAGUUAAACCGGCUGAUAAAGCCUGAGGUGCUGUUUGCUGAGUACGGCGAUAAUGAUGGUGAGUCACGUGGGGACGGCUCAGUUGCAUAUGUUGGUAAAGGCAAAGGUAAAAAGCGUGCUCUCGCAUCGAAUGGACAAAGCUCAUCGGUGGGCACGAAAAGACAGCGUACAAACGAAGGUGCUGUUCGUCAGCCGUUGAACGAGGCGAAUCGCGAACUCCAACAAGAUGAUGAGAGGACUCGAAUGAUUUUUGACUUGAACCGAUUUGCGUCAGCGGUGGGGCUGGAGCCCAAGGUGUGCCAGUCUCUUAUUGCUCACAGCGCGGCUAAUAGUGGCUGUGUUUUGCAAGCUGUCCGAUUCUCCAGGGAUUUAUUUUCUCGAAGAGGAAACAGUGGUGUCGGUAACUCGAGCUCGACCAAUGCGUCGCUGCAGCUGGAACUUCAAAACACUUUUCACCCUGCUGAAACACUCAAGAAGAUCGCGAUAUCUCUUUCUUUGUAUACUUCAACGCACGUGAAAGAUAUUUACGAUACCCCCUUCACUCGAAGCCAACAGCUUCCUCCGGCUCAAGUGGCGCGUAUCCAAGCACCGAUCUAUACUUUGGAACUGUUGAAGUACUCGCUGUGCAUUUGUGACGAUGAAUCCUUCGACGAGAUAUUGAUCCUUCUCAAAAACACGAUGCUGGUAAACGAGGUUCUCCAAUUUACCCAGUACAAUGUCUUGGAAGGAAGAGCUGAUGAAGCGCGCUGGACGUUGUACCCUCGCUGGUAUCGAGGAGAUGCCUGCGUUUUGCCCAGUUACGAAUCGAUGAAGCUGGCGAUGCGCUUCGCGAUCGCCGAACACAAGAACCUUCGGCGUGACGCUGCGACCAGAGACACGAUUGCAUCGAAGCGCUAUGUGUCGUUUCUAGUUGAGCAAAGGGCUGACUUGCUUAGUCUGCAGGCGCUGCUGUCGAUGCAAGAGCUACCUGAAAACGCGGCGAGUGUGGUAAACACACAAAUGGGGAAACUGCUGUCUACUGUCUUCCAGUCACAGGAGAUCGACAACUACUUGGCCCUGGGGUUGAUGCUCGCUAUGAAGCAAGAAGAUGCCUUCCACGCGUUUCGACGGCAAAUUUCUCGCGAGAACAUAGCCAAGGACUUCUACCGUUUCCAACAACUGGCAUUUGUUGGUGCGGACGCUGCUCGGGCAUGGCAGCAGAUCGCAUUUUUGCACCAGUGCGUUGAGCUGGAAGGGAAUGCGAGGUGGUGGCAUUAUCUCAACUUGCUGGGUAUCGAGUGUGAUCACAAGGCGUUCCGGGGUGAACAUCGUGACUUGCCGUAUAUCCGCCGCCUCGUGCCAACUCUGAUUACUCGGAGCAACUACGAUUUCUAUACUGUGUUGGAAUUUACUCGCCACUACCAAAUUGAUGACAGCUUUCCUUCGCUAGUUUACGUGGAGACCCUGUUGUUGGAAGAGUCCGCGACGACUGAUCUGGAGUACCAAGACAAGAUCGUCGGCGUGAUAGACGACAUCCAUGAACAACAUUUGAUAAAGCUGCUGCUCAAGAUUAUUCGCAAGGUGUCAGGUCAGGACUACGACCGGCUAUUAUUUAUUUUUCGGCUGUUGCUUGAACAUACAUCGUACCGCGAGCGAGAAGAGGUGGAGCGACGCAUGGAAGUUCUACGCAACCUGAAAGCCUUUGCUGCGUUCCAAGGAAAGGGAAACCCCACGAGAAUCUCAUUCCAUGAGCUGAUUGCCGACCCGAGCGAAGUGCUGGCAAGGAUUGUGACGAAAGAGAACUUCAGUGCGUUGAUUGGCCUGGUCGACCCUCUUCGAAUGGAGCCCGACGAGUUGCAGAUGCUGCUACUGAAAAACAUGAUUACUUCAAACCUUCGGCGCACGAACUCUGAGGAGAAUACCAGGGGCACCAGCUUGGUCCAGUUCAGUGCGUUUGAGAGCAUCCUUGGGUGCUUGAGUGAUACUGAAAGCCGGGUUACUGCAGCUGAGUGGUUGGCUGAAAAUUUCCCACUAGGAGAUGACAAGCUUAAGGCGCUGGAGUUUGCUCUCAAGGCAGCACUUUCCGGUGGAAAUGGAUCAGAGGACCCCUGCAAUACCUCAUUUACUGGACAUGAAGCACUGACGAGGCUGGAAACCAAAAUUCUGCGAGUUAAGGUUGAGCUUCUUCUGCGAAGCGCUGGCUCUCAGUCAUCAAGUUUGGCUGAUGUCAUAGACGACAGGGAGAAGACAAAUGAAUUGCUGGCACUGGUGUCGGAGCCUAAGAAGCUCUUCCUGGAGUUGUACCGGCGAUAUGCGUUGUGGUUCUACACGCACAGCAAUGGCAUGCUCCACACGGUUGCCGAUAGCAUUGCAGAGCUGCUUAAUCUACCUCAGGCGCAGCUCCGCCUUGAUUUGAUUCGUGAAUGGCUAGUUAAGGAUGCUGUCCAUAUCGUCAAACAAGUAUCAAGCCAAGAUACCAACGAGGAACCCUUCGAGCUGCUGGACUCGGAGAAAUUGCAUCUGGCAGACGAAGACUACGGGAAAAGGAUACUGUACUUGGCGACUGCUUGUGUUAAGCGUGGUGAUUCCUUCGGCGAGCAGCUUUUGAGCUACCUCGUCGAGUUUGCGAAGGACGUGCGACCGCGUGCUGGUGUCACGUUCCGAGCUAAGAUGCGAGCACUUCGUGUAAUUCUGAAACUUGGUCAGCUCUACCACGAAGUCGUCAAAAGAUACGUGAUCACCAAGUACGACAUCGCGAGCUCGGACGCGUUCUUCAAGGAGCUGCUUGAGUUCACCAAGCAUUGUACGCACAUGAUGACGUUUGAAGAGCAUCGAGUGCCAUACGAAAUGCCUUUCGUGUUGAAGAGUGACAAGGAAGUGUUAGCGCGCAGUUUCCUUCGUCGAUUCCCGCCCAACGAGCCUUGGGUGCUGCGCUGUGCAAGUCAGCUCAUGCUCGACUUUGAAGUGGAAGCCUCCGACCUAUGGGAGGAGAUUCUGUCACGGAUGCUGCAAAUGAGCAUGGUGCGAUCGUUGGCGAACAUCAUGGGGCCGCUAAGUCGAAAAUCGUUCGUGAGAUCUCUGGAAUGUGGGCGGCAAGUAUGGGAAAACGUUUUGACCAUUCCGAUUACUUUGCUGAAGCAGAGGCACCAUAAUCAUGUGCUUCUGGCUUCCGAUACCCAAGAAGAGAGUACCUUGCGCUUUGCUGGCGUCGCGGUGCCUAGCAUACGCUCUGCGCUGGAUCGUGUCGUAGCCCUACUGCAAAGAUGCCCCUUCCUGGACCAAAUCGAUGUGCCUGUGUUUGUGAUCCACCUGCGAGAUCUGGCUGAACUGUGCGAGGAGGAGCCCAACGGAGCUGAGAUCAUAAAGCAACUGGAUGUGUUUGGCAUCGCGGUGAAGUGCGCCAUGAUCAUUCCGAAGCCGGUUGCUCGCUUUGAAGCUCUGGUGAGGAUUAUCCGAGCUGGUGCGUAUGGAUCGGUGUUACAGGAGUUGCUACACACUUCGUGCUUCCUUGAAGGCGACCAAGCCAUGGAAGAAGAGUUCGCAGACAACUUUCGCCUGGUACAGGAAAGCUUUUCCGAAGCAGCGAAACGAGAGGACUAUUCGGCCAUCCUGGGCACCCCAUUCGAGCAAGGCUUCGUGGAAUACCUCGCUGCUAUCGCCAACAUUGACUACCUGCUGGCCCAGCUGUAA